AUGGAGUCCGCCGCCUCAGGGGCAAGUGGGGGCCCUGGUGGUGGUGGGGUCAAGGACGACAUCACGAGCCCCGUGUCGGCAUUCCUGAGCCACAACAUCACGCCACGGUCGGGAAGCAGGCAGACCCGCGUCGACAGCGCCAGCAGCACGCCGACCGGUACGCCGAAUCCAGAACGAAACAGCGAUUGGGAUACUCGGUCGGCCUUUGCGUCGGCCUUUGACGGCGACAUGAGCAGGAAACACGUCGUGACAUUCAGCCCGCCAUCUGUUGGUGGCAGCCGGAAUGAUGCCUCCGACUCCAAGUUUUUGACGGCCACUUUAUCGCCACAACCAGCGAGCCGACCGCAGAUGGCCAGCCCGCCGACGCUCGCCGCACAGGCAGCUGCGAAGCGAAGGGUCAGCAUCGAAGUCCCGCCGCAGCAUGGCUCUCAUUCUAGAAACGGCAGCGUCAGCUCGGGCGACGCCAUCAUCAUGUCGAGGUUCAUGGCCUCGCACCCCUCUUCCGAGCUCUCGUCCCCGACCUCUGCGCCCCAACAACCCGCCGUGACUAUGGCAUCUAUUAUACAAGCUGCCGAGGACCUUACCGAGUCGGAUGAUUCCAAAGGUCAUAGUGAGCUCCAGAGCCCAACAAAGUCGACACACUCAGGUGACCCUCUCAACGAUCUCGUCGCCCAUGCCCGCCGGGAACGAAAGGUGCAAGACCUGGAGAUCACCAACGCAUCUCUCGAGGCCAUCAACAGAUCAUUAGAGCGCCAACUUCGUAAACAGACUGCCGAGCUAAGACGGUACCGCAGACUGUCGCGCUCUGGCCGCCUGUCCCUGACAUCUAUGGCAUCUAGCCGCGUUCCAUCCGACUCGACGGUGGGUACGGCGGUCGGGAUGGAAGGUGGUCUCGAGCUCUCCGAUCUCAGCGAGGAUGAAGGCGAGGACGAAGAAGAGGAGGAUGAUGACCUCGGGUCGUUGUAUGACACGGACCCUUCCGAUAGCGAAUCCAUCUCCAGCCCAGGCCUCAAAGCCGCUGACCGCCGCCGCAAGCGAGAUGAGCGGCGCCUCCAGCUCGACCUAACCAAGCACCGUGAGCUCCUCGUUGACAGCCAAAAGAUCAACCAGAGCAUCAAACGCUGCCUUAACUGGACCGAGGAACUCAUCAAGGACGGCAAGAAGGCUCUCGAGUACAAGGUACGCGUGAGUGACGUGGAGCUGGCGCCAAGGGUCCUGGCGCCGCAGUACGAAGACGACCCAGAUGUGCUAAAGUCUGGGGACGUUGGGGACGACGACGGCGACAUUACUCUGCCAGACUCUAUCUUGGAUGAUGUGCCACCUCUUAAGGGAGCAAACCUCGCGCCGCCAUGGAGUGGCGAUCCGCAAAUCAGAGAUAGCGGCAUCGAGCUACCUACUGACGAAGGAUAG